UUUAUAAAGUAAUCAUAAGUGAAAGAAUUUGGUCAAGAAUUAUAAUUUUAUCCAAAAAAAAAAAUGUGGAAAUUGUUGUAUUCAGUCUACCCUCGGUCACACGGAAUCGUCGUGUAAAUACAAAGUUACAGAUCAUACUGUUUGUAUGUGGUGAUGACUCUACGCACACCGCGGCGCCGCAUCUCGCCACGCACAAGGCGCCGCUACCGUGCCAUCAGGGACUUCCUGAGGCGAGCUCUCGGCACCGCAUCGCAAGGCACAAAAACUAAUUCAAAUGUAACAAUAAAUGCAUCCGAUUUGAAACAGAAAAUUUCAGUUGAGCAGCAAGUGGCACAGGUAAAAGGACGCAGCAGCCACCUGCCACCGCCCGCGCCUUCGCCCCCGAACGCGACAGACUACGGUGCCCAGUGUCGACAGCUAUUGUAUACCAAUCAAAAUGAACAAAUUAAAGCAAGUCUAGAAAAAAUAAAAAUCAACCCAAAUGAAACAAAAGUAUUGUAUAAGACUUCGGAAAAUCAGUAUAAAAAUUUUAUAGAAAGUGACGUUACGAGUAAGGUAUCAGAUACGUUCAAUGUAGAUGUCAAUUUACAAAAAGAGAUAAACAAAAUAGCAUCAAAGGUCGAAGGAAUAGCUGCUAAAAAUAAACAUGUAGUAAAAAGACACGGAAACAAACUGGAGGCGAUAAACAAAAUCGAUUCAAAUUUAGUUAGCCGGAAAAAGCCUUUAAGUUAUUCGUCUACCAGCAACCGGUCAUCCGUCGACCUCGUGAAAGCCGAUGAUGCGAGGUGUCACGACAAACGACGCGCUAAACUAAAUUAUACCAAUCCAAUUAUACUUAAAGAUUCACAUAAAUACAAAGAAGAUGACCGUAAAAAUAAUAUAGAGUAUCUAGUUAGAAAAUAUGAGGAAAGAAUGAAAAGAAAAAAAUAUAAACAACCGAAAAAGGAGAUUGAUAAGGAUUUUAUAGAAGAUAUAAUAAGACGGCAGUACAAGCCCGUCAACUUGUUCAGCAAGCGGGAGUCGGGCUGGAGCCAGCUGUCGGCACCGCUCUGCCGCGACGAAGAGUUUUCCGUCGAAGAAGAUAUCCAAGAGGGCAGCGAGCUGUGCUCCUGCUGCUAUGACAAGCCCGGCUUCCGAAACGGUAUGCGGUGCGCCCCGAGUUACAGCGACGUCAGAAGCAUCUGCGACACCAAACUUUACAGCUCCAAACGUUAUCCACGCAACAGGCAGAGCAAGAAACAUCAAGAGUAUUACAACGAUUCUCUGUACGAUAUGAUACCGGUAAAGGAGAAAUCUAGUCCAAAAUCGAGGAAAAAGUUCGCCGAGUACAAUAUGAUUCCAUACGAGCACUACAAGGAGGUGCCACCGUCGCCGACUUCGCAGCGGCCUCGCCUCAACCUCACCGCGCAGCGCCACGACCGCUGCGACGACUACGGUCUUCGCGCCGCGCGCCCGCACACUAGACCCUCUGUACACAAAGCCAAAGUACAAAAGGUCGAUAAAAACAUACAGAAUGACGAUUUAACUGAUUUUAUUCAUUUGAGAAACGAAAAAGAUUUCUCGCAAGCUUCUACGAAGCAAGGGACGCGUAGUUUUGAAUCCGAUGAUGAAUUGAACACAUCUGUGCCAUGUCAUUCGGUGGAUCACACUCGACCCAACGGGUCCGUUCACAAUUUAUCGAUCAACAAAACACAAGAAACCGGGGUCGCAGUAGAUAACACGGAUAAGGCUCUUUACGAAAUUAAAGACAUUCUGCAAAAUUUUCUCGAGGAAAUGAAAAAGGAGACGAUGCACAGUGAUAAAUCGGAAACAUCUGAAAAAUCUUUAACGAAAUCCAAACAUGAGGAAGAAAAAACGAACGCGUCCGUAUUACCGAACACUUCAGAAAUGUCUCACAACACAAUAAAUCCACCAAAACCUUACAUACCUACAUUUCCAAAUUCUUGUUGCUAUCCAAUGGUUCCGAUUUGCCCCAUCGGCUGCGUGCAAAAUGGCUUCGUGAUACCUGCUCAAAGUCACACGUGCUCGGUGUGCACCAACCACCUCAAGGAAUCGUCGGCACUCAGCAAGGACGCCACCUUCAGUGGCGACACGCGUGAGACGCGAGACAAGGGUCCCCACGAUGAGACUCAACAGCUUAUUAAGGAAAUAUAUAAUUUUGUGAAACAAGCUCCCCAGCCAAAAACAAAUGCAGAAUAUCGUGAAGUAAGUAUUGACAAUACGAACGUGACGGAAAAGACUCCCCACUUAAGUAAAUUAUUAACCUCCAGAAGCGCGGGUAACAGUUCCAAGCCUUCCGCUCACGACGCCAAAGUCGGCACAUCCCAGAUGAAAUGCUAUUCCAAAAGUUGCGAGGCCUUUGGGUCAAAGGGAACCGAGGAUAGCGUGUACAGCAACACCAGCUACUCCGACACCAUCCUGGAGAAGCUCAGCCUCGAGGCGGCCGCCACACAGCCGGACUCCGAUUUUGAUUUUAGCAGCAUUCUAAAUCUAGAAGUCAAGCCUAGGAAGAAAAAGUUCGCAAAAGUCUUACAAUCGUUUGGGAAUUUACUAAAAAAGAGAAAAAAGGAAGUAAUACAAGAAUUAAGUGAGAGCGUAAGCACAGUGGAAUUGGACAUGAAACCGAAGUCACCUUACAGACAGCAUGUGACCAACUAUAUGAUGCACAGAGAGGAGUAUUAUCAUCCGCCCCCUAUUCCCCCCAACUACCAUUAUCAUACAUCACCCGAGCAUUCCUACCGAGCGCCUGUCGGUUUGGAGUCUAGACUCACGUAUUUGGCAUCACCUUAUGCGUCAGCAGUUCAAGAACAGGGUAUGCGCCAUGGCUCCUACCCCAUGACAUCUUCAUAUUCUACUUCAAUGGAACAUCCAUACCAUCAAGUACCUUCCCAAGUACCUCCUCAAGUACCACUAUGUCUAAAAGAAAUAGAAGUUAAAAGUAUCGGUACACAAAGCGAAAAAAAAUCAUUUAUGAAAAUCUUAAAAAGCAGACUAGCCGUGCCAAAGCACAUAGCCGUCCAGGAUCCAAUAGAGGAGGCGCAUAAGAACGUUAGCGGAAUUACUAAGAGGCCCGGUUUAAUGAAUUGGAAAAACUUAAAUGAAAAGCCCCUGCACACAAGAAACGCAAAUGUGGGAAUAUCUGUGAAAAAAACUCGGGAUGAGUUAAGACAUACUGACAUGACAAUCAGAAACACUUUGAUAAAGAGAUUUUUCUAUAAACGCAAUCCGUUUUCCCCUCAAAAUCCACUUCUACAGACGUUACUGGGUAAAGAUAAACCAAUGGAGGAACCGCGGAACCUUCUUCGAACGAAAAUGAUACUUUAA